AUGAAAAAUAAAUUCGUCACCUCUCUGUUUCGGCGGGCAGCAGUUACCCAAGACCCUAAAAACUGUCCCCGGCCACGGGUUCACAUUGACUUAAUCGUCUACCGCCAGGAUUUAGCCCCACAACUUAGUAUUGGGACGAAUGGUAAGGGUUCAAUACCCAAUACAAAGUUGCGGACAGAUCCUCUCCUAUUAACCUGCCUUUACCCCGUUCACCAACAGCCUGCUUUUAUACUCACCCCCCCCCCAAACCCACUCCCCCUGAUUCGAUCUCUCAAAAUCCAACUCUCUUAUCCCUUUAACCGGAUCCGGACGCACUUUGGCCGGCUUCAGUCACCCACCCAUCACCUGGCCUCACCGCCCCAAACCUAUACCGCUACCUGGAUCCGGACACACUUACUCCCCGACUUCCAAUUCUAUUCAUCCCCCUCUACUUAA